GAUUAGUUGACACGAUAUUGCAAUUUUAGACAGAGAUCUGAAUGGAUCUCAAUGUCCGAACCAAAAAUUAGAUAAAUCAUAUCACUUAAAUAGAAUCUGAAAGUUCCUAUUAAUUCGUUGACCCAACUUUUAUUAAUUAAGGAUUUCAGUUUUUCUUUCACACAAACGAAUUUACUGGUCCUUAAGUUCUUGAUACUUAGGUCCGAAGAGGAUCUAAAUUCGUAAUUUUCAUCCUAUACUAAACAACGCUUAUAUUGUCUUGCUGUAGUUGAACAAACCAUACUAACUUUAAUAUGAGCACAGUGCGCAACAAAUUACAAGGCAGAGUAGCAAUAAUCACCGGCGGAGCAAGCGGCAUCGGUGAGGCGACGGCACGCCUGUUUGCCGAUCAUGGUGCCAUCAUGGUGAUGAUUGCCGACAUCCAAGAUGAGCUAGGCCGUCAAGUAGCCGAAUCUAUUGGUACACAUAGAUGCAGCUAUGUGCACUGUGACGUAUCCGAUGAAGAACAAGUGAAGACCAUGGUGGAAGCUACAGUGCACAAAUAUGGGCAGCUAGAUAUCAUGUUCAGCAACGCUGGUAUUGUUAGUAGAUCAGAUCAGACCGUUCUUGACCUUGAUUUUUCAGCUUUUGACCGUUUGUUCGAUGUGAACGUACGUGGUAUGGCUUUGUGUGUUAAACACGCAGCUCGUGUCAUGGUAGAACGGAGCGUGAGGGGGAGCAUAGUGUGCACGGCAAGUGUGGCGGCGAACCACGGCAUGGAGAUUAGGACGGACUACUGCAUGUCGAAGCACGCGGUACUGGGGUUGGUUCGGUCGGCCAGCCGGCAGCUUGGGGUGCACGGCAUCAGGGUGAACUGCGUCUCGCCGAACGCAUUGGCCACCCAGUUAACGUGCCGUGCGCGUGGGAUGGAAAUGGGAGAAGUUCAGAAGUCGUAUGAGAAGUUCGCAUGCUUGAAAGGGGUUGUGCUGACGCCGAGGCACGUGGCGGAUGCGGUGCUGUUUCUAGCUUGUGAUGAUUCUGAGUUUGUCACCGGACAUGACAUGGUGGUGGACGGUGGCUUUGUUCGCCAAUGAGUUGGCGAUUCUUGGUUUGUUCUCUUUUUCUUACUAUUUUUAAGUGUUUGGUCUUUUGUUAAACGAAAAAAGACGCGGUGUUUUUAGGUAAAUCAUGUACUGUUUUUAUGUUUAAUUCAUCCCCAAAUAAGAUCUAUUGACAGUUAUUUAA